AUGAAGUGUUUGCUUUUGGUGUUUUGCAGUGUUAUUGCCGCAUCUGCGGUUAACCUGCCAGGAGUGCCAGUGGACUUCGACUUGGACAAUAAGGUGCUGUCAGCCAUAGCCGAUGAUGUGGCUGGGCGUUUGGAGCAGGAGUACAUGACCUUUUGGAAAACAGGAGUCGAAACACCGGCAUUUAAAAAGCUAACACAACAGCUGGCCAAGGCGCAUACCAAAAAGGACAUAUUUACCAAAAAUCUGCCCGAACUGGAGGCGCGCGAUAGCUUUGUGGUCUGCACACUAUGUCGCUCGGUUAUGAACGUGUUCAUCCGCGCCGUACGCGAGGAGGAUGGCGAGUUGAAUGGCGAAAACAGCGCAGCGAUAAUGAAGGACAUUGCGAUGGAUGUGUGCAAGCGCAUGGAGCUGCAGACAGCGGAGGUGUGCGAGGGCUUGAUCGACUUCAAUCUUCCCACUUUUGAAUACAUAAUGCGCAACUCGGAAAUGGAUUCGCAAAGCUUCUGCUCGCUCUUCAUGGAGGUCAGUUUCUGCAAUACGGGUACCAAUCCAGCCUACAACUGGACCCUCACCGUGGACAACAAGGUUGAAGAGCUCAGCAGCUCCAAGUCGGACACACCACAUCAGAGCGACAAUGACUUCAAAAUAUGUCAGUUCACUGACAUACACCACGAUCCGCUAUACGAGCCGGGCAGUCUCGCCACCUGCGCUGAGCCAAUGUGUUGCCAGCGUGAGAAGAGCACCACGGAGGGCACCAGCGAUGCUGCAGGCUUCUGGGGCGAUUAUCGUAACUGCGAUUUACCCUGGCGUGCAUUUGAGUCGGCGCUGGAUCAUGCAGCUAAAACUGUGGACUGCACAUACAUCUAUCAAACUGGCGAUGUUGUUGAUCACAUGGUCUGGGCAACGUCCGUGAAGAAGAAUACUGAGGUGUUGACCAAGGUUAGCGAUCAGUUUACCAAGGUAUUUCCAGAAGUGAAAGUUUAUCCUUGCAUUGGUAAUCAUGAGCCUCAUCCACUCAAUCUCUUUAGUCCCGAAGGAGUGCCGGAUGAGAUUAAUACCAAGUGGCUGUAUGAGCACUUGUACAAUGACUGGUCCAAAUGGCUUCCAGCAGAGACAAAGCAGACCAUUCUGAAGGGUGGCUAUUACACGGUUUCGCCAAGAAAGGGUUUCCGCAUCAUUGCACUGAAUGGCAAUGACUGCUAUACGGACAACUUCUGGCUGUACCACAGUGGCAACGACAAGAUUCCACAGCUGCAGUGGUUCCACGACACACUGCUGGCAGCCGAGGCUGCCGGUGAGUAUGUGCAUGUCCUGACCCACAUACCCUCGGGCGAUGGUACCUGCUGGUCGGUGUGGGCUAGGGAAUAUAACCGCUGCAUUACCCGCUUCCACAAGACCAUAAGUGGCAUCUUUAACGGUCACUCGCACAAGGAUGAGCUGGCGGUGCACUAUUCGGAUGAGGGUCACGCCACGGCUGUUGCUUGGAAUGGUGGCGCCUUGACCACAUACAGCUACAAGAACCCCAAUUACAGGGUAUACUCAGUGAAUCCGGACACCUACGACGUAACCAACCAUCAAACCUACAUUUACGACUUGAACGAAGCUAACAAGAAGCCCGACGAGCAGCCCAAUUGGUUUUUGGAGUAUGACUUCAGCAAGGAAUUCACCGAGGAUCUGAGUCCUGCGGGCAUUGACAAAUUGCUGGAUGAAUUCGCAGACAAACCAGAUCUAAUGCGCAAGUAUUGGCGCUUCAGGGUGACCUCGGCGGAGCCCAAAUUGACUGAAGGCUGUGGUCGCGAUUGCCUGGCCAGUUCGCUCUGCCGCGCUGCAGUCACGGUGAACAACCAGCGGGAACGCUGUGAGGAGCUAAGGACACGUCUCUUUGAAGCCCUGGACAAUGAGGAGAGCAAGCCUGAAGACCAGGAUGAUGGAGCCGCUGCGCUUAGCGUUUUGAGCCUUGGCUCGCUGUUGGCUCUGGUUCUCUCCGUGAGAAUUGGCUUCUAGAGACUUUUAUCUAUAAUAUACUAUUGAUAAGUUAUAUAAUCGCACAUUCCAUUUUAUUUUUUUAAUAUUACGAUUAAGUGCAAAAUCCAAAAUACAUUCA